CCUGACCCCAAUCUGUCCCUCUGUGUUCCAGUGUCUUUCUGUCUUCACUUUCUUCCCAACCAAAAUCCGUAGACUUUCCCUUUUUUCUGUUGCUGAAAAUGUCCCCGCAAACCAGAAGAAUGACGUUCCCGAAGGUCGUCAUUGAGAGAGACUCGGACUCCGAGCAGAGCUCAUCCGAAGAAGACGAAGAACAACAAGAGGAAGAUGAAGUGUUGGAGAGCGAAAACGAAGCCAAAGUCGAGGAGGUUUUGGACGAGAAGAAGAAAGGGAAAUCACCCAUUACUAUUAGCCUCAAGAAAGUCUGCAAAGUGUGCAAGAAGCCGGGGCAUGAAGCUGGAUUCAAAGGGGCUACUUACAUUGAUUGCCCAAUGAAGCCCUGCUUUCUUUGUAAAAUGCCUGGCCACACUACAGUGGCAUGCCCACACCGAGUGGCUACUGAGCAUGGGGUUGUCCCAGCACCCCAUAAAAAUACCCGUAACGCGCUGGAGUAUAUGUUCGAACGCCAGAUUAGACCUCGCGUUGCUCCGAUCAAGACAGCAUAUGUGAUCCCAGAUCAAGUAAGUUGUGCGGUUAUUAGAUAUCACAGUAGACGGGUGACAAGCUUAGAGUUCCAUCCAACGAAGAAUAACAUCCUUUUAUCUGGAGAUAAGAAAGGACAACUUGGAGUUUGGGAUUUUGUCAAAGUACAUGAAAAGAUUGUUUAUGGAAAUGUACACUCUUGUAUACUCAACAACAUGAAGUUUAAACCUGCAAGUGAUGAUACAGUAUAUGGUGCAUCCUCAGAUGGAACCAUUAGUUGCACUGAUUUGGAGACUGGAAUUUCAUUAUCCUUGAUGAACCUCAACCCUGAUGGAUGGCAGGGGCCAAACAGCUGGAGAAUGCUUUAUGGAAUGGAUAUCAAUGCAGAAAAAGGUGUUGUGCUUGUUGCUGACAACUUUGGCUUUCUGUACAUGGUUGAUUCUCGCUCCAAUGACAAAACUGGGAAGCCAAUUUUGAUCCAUAAGAAAGGUAGCAAAGUAGUUGGACUCCACUGCAAUCCAUUGCGGCCUGACCUUCUACUGAGUUGUGGAAAUGAUCACUUUGCUCGUAUAUGGGACAUUCGUCGAAUUGAAGCUGGUUCUUCCAUAUACGACCUUGCACACAGCCGUGUUGUAAACUCUGCAUAUUUUUCUCCCAUUUCUGGCAGCAAAAUUCUUAGCACUUCACAGGAUAACCGUAUUCGUAUAUGGGACUCUAUAUUUGGCAAUAUGGAUACCCCAAGCCGAGAGAUUGUACACAGUCAUGAUUUCAAUCGUCAUCUGACUCCUUUCAAAGCUGAAUGGGAUCCAAAGGACUCGUCAGAGUCCCUUGCAGUUAUUGGUCGUUACAUAAGUGAAAACUAUAAUGGAGCUGCCCUCCAUCCCAUUGAUUUCAUAGACAUCAGCACAGGACAACUAGUUGCUGAGGUCAUGGAUCCAAACAUCACUACAAUCAGUCCAGUGAACAAGCUACAUCCGCGUGAUGAUGUUUUGGCAUCGGGCAGUUCAAGGUCACUUUUCAUUUGGCGGCCGAAGGAAAAGUGCGAGCCUGUUGAACCGAAGGAUGAACGGAAGAUUAUUGUCUGUUCUGGAGCUGAGAAGAAGAGGAACCGGAAGUUUGGGGAUGAAAACGAUGAUUCUGAUGAUGACAAGUUCCCCCCGAAGGGCAAGAAUUUAAAGUCCAAAAAAUCUGCCUCGAAAUCGAGUCAAUAUACUCUCAAGGUCAAACGCUGAUUACAAUUGUAGAGCUUGGACGACAUUCUCUGAUAUCCAAAAUGCAGGGUAGAAGUUUUUUGGUUUUGAGAUUUUCCAUCUGCCAAGCCUGUACAGGUAAGCCAAGCCCUUCGUCCCUUGUUUAUCAUUUUGGGUGAAAGCUUUUGACAUAGCAUUGUUAGUGUUUUAGCAUCCCACUACUUUUGUCAGCAUCUAGAAGAUGAGUUCUUUCGUUUGGGCAGGUCUAUGCGAUUCCCCUGCUAACAGCGAGGCGGACGCAUGUUUGUGUGCUCCGCUUCUCUGUGAGUUCGGGUUCGCAUAAGACCUUCCCCAUACAAGAAUGUUUCUUACAGCUGCUGCUCGCCUCCGGAAACUUUAAUUUUUUUGUGUAUGAUGCUCAACAUGACGUUGUGUAAUGUUCUUUUUGUCAUCUGUAUCAAGUAAUCUUCGUGAAAGAUAUUUGACAAGACGAUAUAUAUACUAAAUUACCCAAAUCUAGGAGGAAAGAGAUUUGAACUCGAGUACA